CCCGCCUCAGGAUGCGCUACGUCGCCUCCUACCUGCUGGCUGCCCUCGGGGGCAACUCCUCCCCCAGUGCCAAGGACAUCAAGAAGAUCCUGGACAGCGUGGGCAUCGAGGCGGACGACGAGCGGCUCAACAAGGUCAUCAGUGAGCUGAACGGAAAAAACAUUGAAGACGUUAUUGCCCAGGGUAUUGGCAAGCUUGCCAGUGUGCCCGCUGGUGGGGCUGUGGCUGUCUCCGCUGCCCCUGGCUCUGCAGCUCCCGCUGCUGGUUCCGCUCCCGCUGCAGUAGAGGAGAAGAAAGUUGAGAAGAAGGAGGAGUCUGAAGAGUCUGAUGACGAUAUGGGAUUUGGCCUAUUUGAUUAAACUCUUGCUUCCCUGCAAAUAAAGUCUUUUUAUGUGUUUCUUGAA